CCAAAACCACCCCAAUGCCGAGACAGCAUGUGCCACCAUUGGCAGGUAGUCCAAACUACGUGGAAGUAUGGGGCCGUGGUAUCUCAUCUGCUCCAGACGCUCCCCGCCGCCAACGAUCUGUGUGCUGCCAUGGCUAACUCAGCGGCACCUGGUGGAAUGAGGCCGUUCCUGCAGGCCGUGUCUGCAGUCCUCGUGGAGGCGCGGACGUCGCUCCGUGUCGCUCAGAUGGAGGGCAGUAGCCUGAAUCCGCGUCGGCGUCAAACUCCGCCGCGGUGUUGCCGAGCGCCGCCGUGGUCGGGUUCUGCAUCGUGGGCAGGCUCCCUCCGUACCUCAAAUCCCGCGUGAGGUCACGAGUCACCUGAAGAGCAAGUUGGUAACUGGAUUCUCAAGUGCCAGGCAAGUUGUGCCCUUGAUCACUUCUUUUUACCCAGCCAUGUUCUGAUUAAUCAUAAUGAUCUGCAUAGGUUAAUUUUGAUGGGACCCAAUAGGUUACCCUAGUUUGAUUAUCUUUAUACCUUGUUACCACUGAACUUUUUGGGUAGUACUUGCUAGUGCUUUAUGUGGUUUUGGGUAGGAAGAUACAUUACUCAUGAUUAUACUUUUGUUAUCCAUUGUUAUUUAUCGUUCAUGAUAAGAUCAUUAUGUUAAUUGGAACAUGGAGCGACCACCCGGGAAAACAGUGCUACCACAAGGGUAUAAUGGGACGCCCUUGGCUGAUUAAUUAGGAAAGCUAGUGGAGGACUACCUUACCCGAAAGGGGCAAGGGCAGUAGGGGAGUGGUCAGUGUAGGGAGGCCCUCAGGAGGAUUUUGCUGCGAUGGCGGUCCUGCAAGGGAUUCCUGCAUUGGAGUUCCUAUAAACUGUAGCAGGUUUUCUGAAGCUAGUGGAACUUUGUAAAGGCCUCGUAGUGUUACCCUGCCUCGCCUCCUCGGUAGAGGUGUAUGGGAAGUCGCGAUCCCUUGGCAGAUGGGUAACAUGACUUGUGGGUAAAGAUGCGCAACCUCUGCAGAGUGUAAAACUGGUAUACUAGCCGUGCUCACGGUCAUGAGCAGCUCGGACCCUCACAUGAUUAAAUUAUGGAACUAAAUUCAAUUUGUCAUAUGCAUUGCAUCGCAGGUGAGGUUGUUACUUUUACUUCUUAAUUGGGUUGGUAUUUACUUAUACUUAGUAAUUGCUAAUAAAAUUUUGACCAACUUUAAAAGCAAUGCUCAGCUCUAACCAUUCUCUUUGGUAAGCCUUACACUUCACGUGAGCUCCCACCUUUGGCGAGUUCAUGCACAUUAUUCCCCACAACUUGUUGAGCGAUGAACGUAUGUGAGCUCACUCUUGCUGUCUCACACCCCCCCACAGGUCAAGAACAGGUACCACAGGAUGAGGCGCAUGGAGGAUGCUGUGAUGAGUUCGUGAGUGGUCUAGGUCGUCGUCUCCCAGUCAACUUUGGGUUGCUGGACCGUUGUCUCCUUAUAAUGUAUUUAUUUAUUUAUUUUGUAUAGAACUCCUGUUAUGUAGUAAAGAUGUGACAUUCGAUCC